AAAUUUAUUCAGAUAAAGCAUAAUGAUGGAACUUUCGUAUUAUAACUCUCUUCUUCUUCUCUUCGUUGUUUUCAUCACUUGUUACAAGCUAUUCACAAAGAGAUUCAAAAACUUACCACCAUCUCCACCGCCUCUUCCUCUAAUCGGUAACCUCCACCACCUGAAACCACCCGCCUUAUCACAAAAAUACGGUCCCAUUUUCUCGUUCCGCUUCGGUUCCCAACUCUCCAUGGUCAUUUCCUCCGCCUCCUUAGCCGAAGAAUGUUUUACCAAAAACGACAUCGUCCUCGCGAACCGUUUCCGUUCCCCCAAGACCAAGCACCUAACCUACAACAACACCGUGGUGAUAACUUCGCCGUACGGCGACCACUGGCUCAACCUCUGCCGCAUCUGCUUCCUAGAGAUCCUCUCCACUCAGCGUCUCAACUCUUUUAUGGGAAUCCGAAGGGACGAAACGGCGAGGUUGAUCCGGAGCUUGAGUCAGGGGUUAGGCGAGGGUUUCACGAGAGUUGAAGUGAGAUUGAAAUUGAUGAGUGACGGUAAGAGUUGAGAGUAAGAGAGUCCCGAUCGAAGCUUUUGGCCAAGUUUGAGGGUUAUUGGGUUGGGGCCUGGGUUAUUAGGGUUUUUUA